AUGCUACCGCCAUCCCAGAAUGUCUUCCGUCUUGACCCUCCAGAGACCUUCAGAUACACGGACUUCGUCAUCCAAGCACCACGUCCGCGAGUGCCUCACAGCAUGACCGAAGAAGCCGCAGGAGCCAAAUACCCACGUACUCGGUUGAAAAGAUUGAUGCGAGUCGUGGAAGCUCGCUUAGGAAAGAGCCGAUGCUUUUUCAGUGAAGCUCAGCCGAGAGAUACGAAGAAGGACUCACGAUUCAACAUCACCAAGCUGUAUGCGCUAUAUGAGGUUGAGCACUGGCCUGGAGCCCUUGCGCAGUACGAAUGGACGCAGUUCGUCAUAGCAAACAUGGAACGCGACGCAAUCCGUGAGCAAGUCGGUCCCGAAGUGAAGCUUGCCUUGCCCAUGCUCCCGUCCUCGGCUAUACCAAAGUAUCAAGAAAUGAUGCGACAAGAGGGUUUAAAUCUGAUGAGAAGUAUCCAGCCACCUGGUCAAAUCAAUGGAGUAGUCUCGGGCGGAGGUGGCCGUGUCUACACCUCCCGCGACCCUCGAAGAGACGAGUUACAUGAUCGACCUACGGCACACCAUCUGUCAGAGCGGCCUCAUUUAAUGGUGCGACUCCCUGAUCUCCCAGACAUCCGCCGGACCCUUUUCGAGAUCCCCAGUGGUCAGCUUCAGGCAAUAUCUCGAAACGAUCAGUUAUACCGGAAUACCUGCGACAGUCACAAGAGCUGGGUCCAAAAGGAGUCAAAGUCGUUGACCAGCCACUACAUACGUUGCCUUGGUCGCGAGCCCGAUGCAAAUCUCCUGACUUGGACGCAACUCAAGGCCGAGGCGAGGAAGCUGAUGGGAAGCACCCUCUACCAGCUGAUAAUUCAAUGGCUGCGACAACAACCCAACCUCAACUUCGAGCUCGGGGACGGAACAGAACUUGUUGACCGCCAACUGUCCUUCUUGGCCAUACGCAUGAACCACCAUGAUCCCAUACCCAACACGGCGUCACUCCAAGUUCAGACCGAGCGCGGACGCAGACACCGCAUGGUAGCCAUGCAUCAGCAGCGGCAGAGCUUGAGGCAAUGGACGAUAGCAGUGGCGGAGCAAUCUAAGUUAUGUAUCGGCGAAAGAUAUCGGAAAGAAGUCGACCACGUCCUCGACUAUUGGAAUGGAAAGACCGAAAGCCUGGAGGAUUUCAACGAACGCAACAGAAAAGAAAACACUGGUCUGAAACUCGACAUGCUUCCGGUGGGUGCGCAGCAACCUGCCGCUACGGCGCAGGUGCAAAAGCAGGAUCGGCCAUAA